CUGUUGCUGUAGUCUGGUGAUCUACAAAACAAAAACAGGGAGAGAAGUGAAAAUGGCGUCGGAACUAUCUUCUGCCUGUGCUUGUCUUUUGCUUCUUCGAGUGUUAUUUAGGGCCAAUAAGGCGCCUCAAUAAUCCUUUAACAUAGCUAUUCACAAAGAAUAUCAUGGGAACCAAGCAGUCGACUACAAGUGCUGUGAAUGAACGCUCCGACACUCGGUCCUCAGGGCCACACUCUAGCCAUGUUGCCAAUGGUGCUGACACAAAUGGUGUUUUGUCUUUAGAUCCGAGAAUACGGACCCGUUCUUUAAGUAGUGUUGAUCGUCCUACGUCUAUUCCUGUACAUGGAAGCUCUAUACAAGAAUCGGAUUUAUCCUCAUCUGCCGAGGACAAUUCACCAACAAUUCGGACUAAUUUUAUGAUUCAAGGAGCUCAAUCACUUCCCGCUCAACUUUUCGCGACAUCUUUUAUCACUGGGCUGAAAUGUCCAGUUUGCGCUAAAGUUGUUCUUCCACAAGACAUCGAACUCCAUCUCGUGAUUUGUUUGACAAAACCGCGACUUUCCUACAACGAGGAUGUUCUUCAGGAAGAUAAAGGGGAAUGUACAAUUUGCCUUGACGAUCUUAGUACAGGGGAGACAAUUGCAAGACUACCAUGUCUAUGUAUAUAUCACAAAAAAUGCAUAGAUCUGUGGUUUCAAAAAAGCCGGACUUGCCCAGAGCACCCUUCCUAGUGAUAAAUAAGGCAUUGUCCGAGUGAGGUGAUAGCUGUGGUCACCAGGCUCUCUUGGCAUAGAGAUGAGAUACCCAUCAUGCAUUGUGCUAGACCCUGUACUUGCCUGGAGGGAGGUUCCCACAUGUGAACCACAGUCUGUAUAUAUUGAUAUACUAUAUAAAUUAUUUUGUAAUAAAAUGUGGAUUAAAAUUUGCAAGAAAGAGGGAUAAAGAAAGAAGAUACAAAGUUGUGAUAUAAGGAUAAGAAAGUAUAGUUACAAUAUAUAUUUUUUUUCUUUAUGUUGAAAGAGUUUAAAAGGACUGCACUCAAUAAUGUAAUUUGAUUUCUCACUUUUGGAGUGAAAGAACUAUAGGUAGAUUUUAUGGAAAACAAAGUGGUGCAUUUUUGUAGCCCAUAGCUAAAUAACAAUGCAUUUUUUCAUUGAUGACCAUUACCAUUGUGCAUGCACUAUAAUUAUCCUUCUCCAAUUAUGCACUAUAAACUGUAAUUUAUAUGAACUUUGGCUAUCAAUGUGCAUGUACUAAAUUGGCCAAUCAUAGUGUAUGUACUAAAUUGGCCAAUCAAUGUGCAUGUACUAAAUAAAGAAGCUGGCCAAUCAUAGUGGAUGUACUUACAUAAGUUUGACCAAUCAUAGAGCGUCUACUAUUUAAGCUUGGUUAAUCUUAGCGCAUAAGUUGAUAUUUCCAGUGGAUAUAAGUUUGACCAGUGGUUAAUGCAUUAUAAAAAUUAUUAUAAUUUGUUAAUUUUAUUUAAAAAAAUAAAGGAAUGUGUUUGAAAUAGAAAAUUAACACUGGUAGAUAGAUAGAACUGUAGGAGUAAAAUGUGAUUUUUACUUACUAUUUUCAUCUUAAUUAAUGAAAUAUAGAAAAACACCAA